AUGUCCUCCUCUUCUUUAUCCUUGGACCACCUCCCCCCUUCCGAGCAACUUUGUUAUGUCCACUGCAACAUCUGUGACACCAUCCUUGCUGUGAGUGUUCCUUGCACUAGCUUGUUCAAGACUGUUACUGUGAGAUGUGGUCAUUGCACUAAUCUCCUUCCUGUUAACAUGCGUGCACUGCUUCUUCCAUCUCCUAACCAGUUUCAUUUGGGACACUCUUUCUUCUCCCCAACUCAUAACCUUCUGCAAGAGGAGAUGCCAAACCAAGUUCCAAAUUUCAUGAUGAACCUCACAAACACACCAAAUGAGUUCUCCAUGCCUCCUAGGACUGUUGCUGAUGAGCUUCCAAGGCCACCAAUCAUAAACAGACCUCCAGAAAAGAGACAGAGAGUUCCAUCAGCAUACAACCGCUUCAUCAAAGAUGAGAUCCAACGUAUUAAGUCUGUCAACCCUGAUAUCACUCACAGGGAAGCCUUCAGUGCAGCUGCCAAGAAUUGGGCCCACUUUCCACACAUUCACUUUGGUCUCAUGCCUGAUCAGAAUAUGAAGAAGACAAAUGUGUGCCAGCAGGAAGGAGGAGAUGGUCAGGCUCUGAUGAAAGAUGGGUUUUAUGCUUCUGCUAAUCUCGGAGUUUCGCCAUACUAA